GAACAGAAUUACAGGCUUCCGCUUAUGAACAGAAGGAAGGGUCACUGAAGAAAUAUCGAAAAUGUCUGCGUCAGAAACAGGUGUCCACCGUGCGGAAAUAGAGGAAAUCAUUGCAAAAGCGAAGCUUGCAGAACAGUCUGAACGGUAUGAUGAUAUGGCGGCGGAGAUGAAGAGGAGGGUAGAAUUAGAGAUACCCCUCUCGAACGAGGAAAGGAAUCUACUUUCUGUCGCCUACAAAAAUGUCGUGGGUUGUCGACGAUCCAGUUGGAGGGUUAUCUGUAGUAUCGAAAAGAAAAAAGAUGGUUCAGACAAGAGUUGUAUUGUUUCGGAAUAUAAGGGGAGAAUUACCAAGGAGCUGAUAGAUAUUUGCAAUGAAGUAUUGAAAUUGCUCCACGAUACACUUAUACCUAACGUUGAACCUUCAAAGGGAAAUGGCGAAAAAAAGGUUGCACUAUCAGAGGACUGUAAAAGGGAUAAGAAAGAAGAUGACGAAAAGACAGAAAGUUAUGUUUUCUACCUGAAAAUGGAGGGAGACUAUUACCGGUACCUAGCAGAGGUUCAUGAGCAAGGAUGUGUAGCGACAAAAGAAAACAUCGUUACAAAUUCAAAACUGGCCUAUCAAAAGGCCUUUGAGAGUGCGUGUGGUUACAUGCAGCCAACACAUCCAAUUCGACUAGGACUCUCACUGAAUUACUCAGUGUUUUUUUAUGAAAUUGAUAGUAACCCAGAGGAGGCAUGCAAAACAGCUAAGAAGGCAUUUGAUGAAGCUAUUGCUGAAUUGGACACAUUAAGUGAGGAUUCCUAUAAAGACAGUACAUUGAUAAUGCAGUUAUUGCGAGAUAAUCUCACAUUGUGGACAUCUGACAAUCAGCAAGACGUGGAGGAAUCGGCCAACUGAUGGAGUGGCUUAGGCCAAAGACUCGAGUGAUUGGUCAUCCCUGUGUGAACUGACAGUCAUUCAUUAGUAUGAAUGAAAGACUAGAUAUAUGUUAUCUGGAGGAAAGGCUGUGCCAGGAUUUCACAUGCGGCCAUCAUAGUAUGAAGGAAGGAUGGCCAAUAUUUACAUCAAAUUCAUCAACUUUUUUGAUUUGCAUGUGACUUGUGGAAGAUUUCUUGAAACAAAACAAAGAAUAACUGCCUCGUUUUAAUACCAUGUUAUUAUUAUUAUGAAAUACUGCUAUUUCUAUGUUAGUUGAUAAAUACUAUAUAAUAGAGCAGACACGAGAUCAGUGUUGCUAAUACAUAACCAGUGGGCGGCUCUCAACAUAAAAGUGCAUGUGCAGCCAUAUCAUUCUUGGACCGUGUACCAUGUACCUGUGCAAGUGGAUGUAGUAUAUAUGUGAUCUGUAUGUGUGGCGCUUAUUUCGUUUUUCAUUGUUGCCAUGCUACCACAUGGAUUGUCAUGACAACCCCUUUCGCACUGUUCUAUUUGUGUAUGUAAGUGUUAUUCCUUACGUAAAACAACAUAAAGGCAGUAAUCUAGGUUGAUUGAUGUUCUUGGUGUUUAGUUUUUGUUUACAAGAUCUUGGUAGCAGUAAUUUUAUAUUUUGAUGAUCAAAUGAAACAAGAAUCAGCAAUUUGGCAAGUUUUUGGACAGAAAUGAAAUGAUUUAGGAAAGAAUAAUUAUCAAAAUUUUAUUGUUGAAACGGUCUACUUAGCAAUUCGAAUAUAGGAAAACAGAAGCUCUUCAAUAUGUAAGCGGUUUCUUGUGCAAAAUCUGUGACAUACAUAACAAUGGUACAAACUAAAAUGGUGAAGUACCUGUGAACAGGUUUAUGAACAACACCUUAAGAUGUUCCUGUUUUAGGAUUGACUUUACAGAACACCCAGUCACUGGAUUUCUGCCAUAGCAUUGAUUUAUUUUUUUGUCUGUAGUAAUUUCCUUAUCAACCUCUCAGAUUUAUAAUUAAUUAGUUGAAUGUAUCUCAAGUAUAUCAAAUUGGCUAUUUAUAUGUAUACUAUUGCUGUAGCGUUGUAUAAUCACAUAUGGGUGCAUACAGUUUUGAAAAGUAAUUCUAAUGUUAUUUCUGGUUAGUGUUUCAAUUUGUUAUUACAAUUGAAAAAAGUAGCUUGAUAUUGUAUAAAUGUUUUAAAAAAUCCUAUACCUAUCUCAUUCUUAGCAGAUCAAAACUUUGUCCUGCAUUUCAAGACAUAGAAAUUCCAGAUUUGGAGGAUACUUUCUGUGAGAAUAUGAUGAUCUUUCAAGGAGAAAAUGAUGUUGGUGGCAUUGAUGGUAUUUGCAUCAAAUCUGUAUGCACCACGAGUUUUUGCCAGUUUUGUAAGGUCAGUGCUUCAGACCCAGUUUCUAGUCAGCUGUCCUAUCAAACCACCGUAAAAUAAAACUAAAAGAGCAUUGCAAAAUUUGAACGGGUUCAUUUGUAUGUUUAUUGGUAUGUGACUUGUUGCCUCUAUGCCUCAAUCUGGACAACCGUUUAAAGUGUUUCUUGUGCUGUACGAGAUACUGGUUCUAAUGCACAAUUUCUUUCGGACAUUUAUAUUUUGACUUAAUCGCUCUGUUCUUUCAUCACAUUUUAAAACAUCAGAUGUCCAAUUGUAUUUCAAACCCAAAGUGUUGCGCAAGUGAUGGAUGUUAUUUAUCCCACACAAUGUAUUUAUUUCACCCAAUCCUAUCCCAGUAGGAAUACAUCAGCAUUGAACUGUUGUGUAUGCACUUUGGCAUAAAUGUGCAUAUUGCAGACAGUCUGCACUUGCUUACGUCCCGCUGACCUAAUGUAAAAACUGGACAGAACAUUGUAAUCAUGUUAUUGGAAAACUGCACAAGUGGGCUAGGACUUCUAAUACAUGUUACAUUAUCACUGUGUGAUGAAUGCUUCUUAUAUUACUAUUUUUCUUCCACAAUACACAUUUACGCGGGCAAGAGCAAGUCUUUGAUGAAGUAGAAGAGUAACAUACUCCAAUGUUAUUUGAAGUUCAUAAAUCAGUUGGCGUUGACGAGCAGUAAUCUAGUAACACAGGUACAUACAACCAGUCCACGCUCCUUGAGUGCUCCAUUUUUCAAGCUGUUCAGUAACAGGAUGGUAGAAAUAAAUUCAUGUAAAAUUUUAACGUUAAUUAAGUAGUGCUUACAAACAGGAAGUCAAAAAAAUCCUAAUUUUGUGCUUAACAUAGGAGUUACCAUGCCAAUAUAUUCCUCCAUCAAAUCUGAAUAUUUGUGGCCUUACAUAUUGAUGUUCUUCUGUUGUGCUUUAUUCCGCUGUUCCUCCAUCUUUUAAGAAGUGGUCAAUUGAGGUUUAACUGCUUCAAGAACAGGUUCCAUAAGAGACAUUGAGAACAUAAGCCUAUUGCAGACAUUUAGAGGUCUAGUGCUGUAACGUAAUGUAAUAGUGUAAUGAUUUUAAUUAUUUUUGUUUUAAUGUGCUUUUGAAAAAACAAAUCAUCCCCCAUGUUUUGAUGUUUCGUAUAUUACAUGUGAAAAUAUAUGUGUUUUACACACAUAAAUAUGACAGUUUAUAAAUAUCCAUGUGUGUGUACCUGUUCAGAUCCAGCUAUCUGGAUUUGUGCAUGCUCUUGUACCAACAAUAUUUACACCUUGAUUUUUUAUGUUUUCAUGAUCAUUUUCCACCUCUCUUUGGCCUAGCUGGAAAAGAAAAAAGAAAUAAGUUGAAAGAAAGAAAAAAAUAGGACACUGCUGUUAAAAAAAAGAAUCCAAAAUACAAAAUGGAGAACAGAAUCUUGUUUCUUUUCAAAAUUGUUAAACUUGUAAAAGCCAUACACAUUGUAUGAACGACGAUUUGAGUGUAAGUAAGGUUUAAAGAAAUAGUAACCAUCACAUAUUUAGUCCUUCAAUUGUUUAUGUUCUUGGCUUAACACUCCCUUUUUUUCUUCUCUUUAUCAACACCUGACGGUAACCCAGUGCAUUGAAAAUAAAUGUUUUGUCGGAA